AUGUCCACGUUAACAACAAUACCUAAAUCUACAUCAACAACAAUACCCAAUGAAACAGUUGAAAUCGAUGUAAACGCAGUCGAAACAAAUGCUGCUCGUCUCGUAUGUUUAAUUAAACCAAGAUGGGCAUUAAAAAAAUAUAUUUUUAAAAAAUUUACUGAUGAUAAUCAUUUUAUUUGUUAUGCAAUUUCUUUAAAAAAUAAUGAAGAUGAUCAAAGUAGUGUUAUUAUUAGAGUUAAUCCAACUAAUGCAGAUGUAUAUACUGAUUAUCAAGAACAAUUUCGUCUAUUAAAUCAUUUUAUUCAAAAUAAAACAGCAGCACCGAUUUUAUUAAAAUUUACAAAUGGAUACAUAUCGAGUUAUAUCGAAGGAAAAACAUUGGAUAUUAAAGAAAAAGAAACGCAUGAAUUAAUCGCUCGAAAAAUAGCUGAACUACAUUUAAUACCAAAUAAAUUUCAAGGACCAGAUUUCGUCGAUAAACUUAAACAUUUGAUUAAUUUAUAUACUGAUAAAAGUAAAAAUUUACGAACUCGUCUUGUUAAAAUUCAAAAAGAAAAAGAAAAAUCUGGUUAUUAUAAUAAAAAUUUUUUAAAUUCAUUUAAAUCCGUUAUUGGUUUCAAUACAACACCAAUAUUUCCACUUACAAUGGCACAACUUCAAUUACAAUUAAAAGAUAUUUCUUGGACUGAACUUUCAAAUGAUAUUGAUUGUAUUCGAACAAUUUUUGAAAAAAAUUGGUCUUCAUUUGAUAUCCCGAUUGUAUUAGGUCUCAAUAAUAUGAGAAUAAAUAAUUUCUUAUUUGAUUCAAAAACAAAAGAAGUAUCAAUUAUAGAUUUUGAUCAUUGUUCACAAAAUUAUUGUCUUAUUGAUAUUGUACAAUAUUUUCUUGAAUUAGCAAGUGAAGAUUUUGAACGAAAAUAUCCUUCACGUCAAAUACAAAAACAAUUUCUUCGUGAAUAUUUAAAAAAUACGACAUUAAAUCUAUCGAGUAUUAUAUAUGAUCAUCUUAAACCAUCCGAUCUUGAAUUAGAUCAAUUAUGUGAUUUAUGUGGAUUACUUAUUGCACCUGUUCAUCUUUAUUGGGCACUAUGGGCAUUUUUACAAGCAUUACUUACGAAACCUCGAUCAACAUUUGAUUAUGUUAAAUAUGGUCGAAUUCGACUUGCACAAUAUUAUCUACAUAAAAAUAAAUUUUUUCUUCCAUUAAAUCAUGCGCAAAAAGAUAAACCGAAAUUUUAA